CCAUGGCCUGCAGGUCCUCCUCACCCUGCGAGCUGAGCAGAUAUGUUUCAACUGAAAAAUCGCAUGAGAUUCAGCUCGCUGGGCAUCUCCGCGGCGCGCUUGCUGUCUCCCGGCCCCGGCAAGAACCCGGUGGUGUUUCUGGACGUCCAGGCCGACAGUGACCCUCUCGGACGAAUAGUCAUUGAGCUUAAUGCAGAUGUGGUGCCAAAGACUGCAGAAAACUUCAGAGCAUUAUGCACCGGGGAGAAUGGCUUUGGAUACAAGGGAUCAGUGUUUCACAGGAUCAUACCCGAGUUCAUGUGUCAGGGAGGAGAUUUCACCAACCACAACGGUACAGGAGGCAAAUCUAUUUAUGGGAAAACAUUUAAAGAUGAAAACUUUAAGCUAAAACACACUGGUCCAGGAAUGCUAUCAAUGGCAAAUUCGGGGCCGAACACCAACGGCUCGCAGUUCUUCAUCUGCACAACUAAAACCGAGUGGCUUGAUGGUAAGCAUGUGGUGUUCGGGCAGGUGAAGGAUGGGAUGGAUGUGGUCUCCAAGAUGGAAUCCUUUGGUUUACACGAUGGCGGUGUGAUCAAGAAAAUUGUCAUUAUCGACUGCGGGGAGAUCAAAUGACACCUAAAUGCAUUCAGAGACUUCUGCUGGAUGAGUCAGUGUACAAUAAUUUAGUAUUCCCUGUGUUCAUGAUACUCUGAUAAAGGGGCUACUUUUACAGGUGAUUGGUUUUUCCUAAACUCUGCACUUUUUACUGCUGGUUUUUGAUGUUUAUCACACUAAGAUCAGACCCCUUUACUCUCUAAAACUUUACUUGACUGGUCUAAAUUGUGUGCAAGCAUGUAAUAUAAUUGUGUGGUGAGUCAUUCUCCAGUCACUGCCAAAUAAAUGGCCAGUUUUUAGAUUUUACUAGGUCUGCUCUUCCUGCAAGACAUAUGCUCUGAUGUGCCACCGACCCUGCUGCUUUUAAGGCUUCCCGGAAAUGAUCCGCCUGCUUUUUUUAGACACGGGCUGCAGCACGACUGACUUCCUGUCCAUCGGAGCAGGAUGUGACAUCAUGUGACAUCCACCUACACUACAGCAGAAGCAUCACAUGAAUAUGUGAUGGACACGUGAGCUAGAGCCUCAUUGGGAGAAGCCAGAGGGGCCUGAAAAUGUCUCUUCAUUGAAACGUAGGGUGUCUUGGAGAGAGGAGGCCAGGACAUGUCUGAAAGCCAGAGACUGGGUGGUGCUGCUUAUCAAGCUAAUACUUUAUAAAAGUAAAUAAUGAAGCGACGUGAAAAAGGCAGCUCUUACCCCUAAAUUAAACCAUAUGUGCGCUGACCUUCCCCCGUUUGUUUGAAUUCUCAGAUUACAUUGUUGCCAUAGAGAUUUUUCAGCUCUCGCUCUGUUUGAGCUGGAGAUGUUGUAACAAACUUGAUAUAAUUCGGGUCCCCACCCUCGGGUUUAGUUUUAGUUAUUUGGAAUGCAUGUCCAAUAUUGUGCAUGGAAACUUGGCUUUGGAGAUGACGGCGCUGCGGCCAGCGUUUAACACACACACACACACACACACACAUGCAAAAACAAUGACAUCUUUACAGCUGGUGCAUGCUGGUCCUUCUCGAAACGUCUGCAUUAUCACACAGCGUCAGUGGGCGUCCUGUUCGUGUAGUGCUUUUUCCUGUCCACGAGUGAGGAGGUGGUCGUGGUGGUCGUGGUGGGGGCCUGGUAGGUUUUACAUGUCUGUUAUCUUUCAGCACUUUCAUGGCAAGUGAAAAGAAAAAAAAAAGAAAAAGAUGUUUUCCAGGUCUCUCCCUCUUCUGUGUUACACAACCACCAUGAAUAAUCCAUUAAAAAAACCUCUUUAUCGUAAUCUAUACGCUCAAGUCUUGCAUAAGCCUUGCACUCAAGGACACGGCACAGAGUGAUGGCAAAAACAUAGUCUCAGUAACGAGAGGAGCGCUCACGAAACAACGUGUUGCUUUUGGAGGAAAUCAGACACCAGAACGGACACCUCCCAGUUAACAUAAAUUCGGCACAGGACCCAAAAACAAAUGAAACUGCGCGAUCCGGGCGGCUCUUAAUU